UCAACUUCAUUCGCAUUGUCAAUUUCGAUGUUAUACAUUGUUUUCUCUAGUUGAACAAUUUAAAUCAUAUUACUUUUAUUUUUAUCGUCUUUUUAAACAUCUUUAUCAUGGAUGCUGAUAAGAAAAACGUCGGCAUUACUGAGAGCAAACCUAGUCAGCAAAGAGCAAGUAUAUCGAAAUCUGCUGCCGGUAUCGGAGUGAAAUCUUCGGCGGCCAUGGGAAAGACUCUGAGUAGAAUGAAGGUCAGAAGACAGUCAUUCGGCUUUGGUGGUGUGGCUGGUAUAAGGGCAGAAAAGAAGACCUCGCAGGUUGGAACGGAAUACAAGCGACCCCCAAUAUUGUACCUACCCACGUACCAGCUGGACCCUCGUACUAAGUUUCAUGUGCCAAGUGUGGAGAAGACUGUUAAUGCAGUCCUGGAUGAUUACUUCGACCCACAUAAAUAUAGUAACUCGGAGUCACCAGGACUAACGGUGAUCAUGGCAGGAGAAAUAAUGAGGCACGUCAAGGCUUUCAGUUUCGAUCGCUACAGAAUCAUCGCUGUGGUCACAAUGGCACAGAGGAGAUCACAAAGCUACUACAAUGCGGUCUCAUUCUUGUGGGACCACGAAAGGGAUAACCUUGUAGAUAUGCACAGAGAAAGCAUUACUGCUUUCGUCCAAGUUACAGUCUUUGGCAUAUAUCUCGACUAAACCUUGCGUUAUAUCGUCAUCAUAGCCUAAAUUUGUCUACUGAUGGACAAAGGUCUCCCCGAAUCUAGAGAGUUCUACCCAUACUCACCGUGCUGGGAAUGCGUGUUUGAGCGCAGUGUAGCAAUAUUUUUUAGCUUCGAAGAAGCUGCUGACCAUCUUAUAUAUUUCGAGUUAUUUAGAGUAAAAUAGUAUAUUUUAGAUUAUAUUGUUUAACUUUCCAUAGUAUUGUUUAAUUUAUAAUUCUAUUCUGUAACUUUUUAAUUUUAUUUAGUAUAGUUUAAUAAAAGAUUUACUUGUUGAGUUACGAUAUAUUUUAGAUUAACUUGUUUAGUUACAAUAUAUUUUAGAUU